AUGGAGUCUGGGAAGUCGUUCACUUUGUGCCAGCGGGAAGGUUGGUCAGCUGAGUAUAAGGAGCUACCUGAAGGCAAUUGGUAUUGUUCAAAGUGCUCUUGUUGGAUUUGUGGGAAUGUGGUCAAUGAUAACGAGCCUUCAAGUUUGGAUGGCCUGAAAUGUUUGCAAUGCGAACAUAAAUACCAUGAGGAAUGUCAUGGAGAAACCGGAAUAGAAAGAGACUUGACGUGGUUCUGUGGGGAAAGCUGCAAGGAGGUUUAUUUCGGGCUUCAUUCCCGUAUUGGAAAUAUGAAUUCCAUUUCCGAUGUUGCACUUACAAUUAUCGAGAAGUGUUUUCUUCUCAUGGUGGAUCCAAGAACAGGCAUUGAUAUGAUCCCACAUGUUUUAUACAAUUGGGGAUCAGAAUUUGCACGUCUAAACUAUGAGGGGUUCUAUACAGUGAUCUUGGAGAAAAAUGACGUAAUACUUUGUGUAGCAUCAUUAAGCAAAUAUCGGCGUCAGGGAAUGUGUAGGCGUCUCAUGAAUGCUCUUGAAGAGAUGCUCGAGUCAUUCAAGGUUGAGAAGCUGGUGGUAUCUGCGAUCCCUGUUUGUUUGACACGUGGAGGGAUGGAUUUGGAUUCAUAG